CUUCUCUUUCACUCGGUGUAAUCAGGAAUAUGAGUGAGCAGCUACCCUGCUCCCUGUGCCGGAUUGCAUUGUAACUCCUGUUGCAGCAGGGGGCAACACAGAGCAGCUGCCGACAGGCGCUUUUGCCAGUGUCAAAGAUGGCGGCUAGGUUAUGGGUUGCUGGCGGCCGACCUGCCGUUUCUCAUUCCUGUCGUAAGCCUCCCUUAAAAUCGCGGAAGAAUCGGGCAGCCAAAGCCCGAACCGAGCCUCGGGCGCGACAUCUCUGAGUGACAAGGAAGCGGAACCAUGGCUGACGUGAUCGAGAUCACCUCGGACGAUGACUCGGAUGUUGAGAUUAUCGGGGAGACGGUGGCGGCCCCGGGCUCCAAACCCGAGGCCCACAAAAUCUACCACCACCAGCGCUCCUGCUCGGCUUGGGCUCAUUAUCAGCGGAUCAAGGAGCUGCUGUACUCUCGCCAGGACAAUAUUGAUUUGACAGGAGAAGAAAGUGAAGUGCACAAUCAAGUGAAUAGUGCUGAAGAAGGCAUGGGAAGGAUGCAGGUCAAUUCAACAAACUGUAACCGAGCAGAGAAAAGCCCACAGGCUCCUGUUUCCAGCAACAUGAGUCAUGUUGUACUCGAUUCUGAUGAAGAUCUGUCAGAUAGUAAUGGGGAAUACCAUUUUCCUGGCUUACAGUCUGAUUGGACAAUAGGCAAGGAUGAACCUGACCUUGAAUCUCCACCUGUUUUGACGGUUGAAGUCACGACUGAGGAAAAUUCGCUUGUUCCCAUUUCCAGUAAACUUACUGAUGAAGACCCAUUGCCAGAACUAGACUUCAUUGGUCUUGAUGAAAGUCAAGACUCUCAUGUCACUGCAAGAAAAACAAACUUGUUUGUUACGUCAAAUCAAAUAAGUCACAAUUCUGUUUGCAGUGCGGAUUCAACCAGUGACACUUGUGUAAACAGUGAUGUGGAAUCUCUGGAAACAUUUUCACCGGAUACACCCAUUCCGUAUUCUUCACCAAGCAGUGCUGGGGAUCUUUUGGGAGAUCACUUAAAAAGCAGCUUUGAGGAAACAAUUAAUGGCACAGUUGAUGUACCUAAAACUGAGUUAAAUACAGAUAUUGAAGGUUUACCAUCAUUGGUACCUCAGAACUCUGAGGAGCUUGAACUGGAACACGCUUUUGAUCAUUCUCCUCCUGACAUAAGCAUGCCAUUGCUGGAACCUUGGGAGCAGCAGCAGGGUCACAGGAAGAGAAGUGAAGUGAAGUGUUUUCCAAUUGAAAACAAAGCACAGGACUCUGUACUGGUAUCAUAUCAGUCUGGGAAUCAGGUUCUGUCAUCAGAGGAAACUGAAGACCAUGUGCUUGCAUCAGAUGAAGUGAAGGAAACAAGCCCUAAUUGUUCGGUGGACAAAGAGCCAUUGCAAAGUUUUCAAUAUCUCAUCGGAGCACCAGUUCAACAUCUGUUUGUUAAGCGUUCUAGAAAUGAAAAAUGGCACAAGCAGGUGAAUCGACAUUCGUGUUCAUCAACAACUCACCAAUAUAAGGAACCAGAGCUGAUCUCCCAAAGACAGUGCAGUAUGAUAAACAGCACUAUCGAUGAAAACUUUCCCCAAGGAACCCUUCAGUUUCUGAUGGAUUUUGUAUCUCCUCAACAUUACCCGCCUCAUAAAAUUGUGGAGUAUAUAAUCAAGAAGAUAUUGCUGGGCAAUGAAUCCUCCAGCACCAUUAUGUCUGCUUACAUGACGCUGAUGAAGAUCCAACAGCUGCAUCCUGCAAAUAUUUCCACAGUGCAGUGGGACUGGGACCUAUUAGCUUAUCAUGUGGAGAACAAGGAUCCUCAUAGGAAGCAUUCUCUGACCAAGAAUGAUCGACUGUUGUUCCUGCAGUAUGUUGUCCAAACACUUGAAGAUGAUUUUCAGCUGAAACAUGAUAUGCCCCAGCAAACCAUAGCCAAGACAGUUCUAUCAUGUGAUGACAAGUUUUCGAAUGUAAGAUGUGUCAUCAAGUGGCUUAUUGAUACCAUCUCCAAGGACUCUGAAGAUACACAGCAGAAAAAUGGUCCCAUGUCAUCAUCAUCUGGUAGUCCUCAGGUACUGGAGUCUAGGAAUCCAAGAGUUAUUUGUCUCCUUCAAAAGAUGCUGACCUUGGCUGUAGAAGUGGAUCGUUCCCCAAUGUGCAGUUCAAAUAAAAUUGCAGAAGCAAUAUUUCAACAUUUUCUGUACAUUUCAAAAAGAUCACAGAGACUAACAGUUUUAAGAAGUAUCGAGAGCCAACUCCUGCGCUGCAAGUUACUAGAUCUUCUCUUCCACCAUUGCACCAAGAAACAAAAUACUCUGCCCAUGUCAUUGGGAAAAGUGCUACAUUUCCUUAAAUAUGCUAAAUUUCCCUUAGAAACCGAUGAGCGUUGUUCAAGCAAAUGGCAGUAUUGGGAGGAACUUGUCAACCUUCUCUGUUUACUGCUUUUGAGCUACCAAGAGGUGACUAAGCGUCACCUGAGGCUUUCAAUCUCAGAACGGGUAAAAUAUGUUCUAGCAGACACUCCUCCAGUGCUCACUACUCAUGAUCGGAUCACCGCUGAAGAGGUUCAGUCGGAUAUGGAGUUAUUCUACAAUCGAGUACUCAGUGAUUUAGGACCACCAUUGAAUCCACAAUUAGAAGAACAGAUCAAUCUACUGAAAGCUCUGCUUCUUUGUGCAGCAACUGGAACAUAGCUGUUUUAAUUUACUUCAAACAGAUAACUUUAUAUAUAAUAUGGCCUAAGAUUUGCUUCCAACAAACAGGCAUCUCUUGCACAAAGCACUGCACCAUCUGGAAUUUGAAAAGCAUUUCCAGCUCUCAGUUUGUCGACAUACGUGCAAAGCAUGGCAUUAGGAUUUUUGCCAUUAUAAGGCAGCCGUACAAACCCUGUGCUGAACAGAGAAAACUCCUCUGAUUUCAUUACUUUUGCAUUAAACUAUAUUUCUCACCACGACACAGAAGAACACGAUCACCACUGAAUGUAUUUCCUUUUGCUUUGGUGCUUUUCCACUGGAUACAGAAACGCAGACUUCAAACGAAUUGUCAGUUAUCUUCGGACUUCAGCAAAAAUGUUUUGAAGUGAAACUCUGUACAUGUGAGGCGGGAAAAGGAAGAGUGCCCAUAAAGGAUAUGGGCUAAACCAUAUUUCUUGGAAUAGAAUUGGGAGGGUUUCUUGUCUUCACAUGGACCAUUCAGUCAGCCCACACAAAUUCAGAGUGACCAGAGUUCAUACGAUGGCUAUUCACACGACAUGUACCUUUUGUUGCUUUGGAAUAUGGAUUCUUUGUUUGCAUGUUAAUCACUUUCUGUGUGUCAGAGCAGUUUCUUUGUAAGUAUUUUAUUUAAAGUUUAAUGUAACCGAAUCUCACAUUAAUAGGAGUGAUUAACCCAGAAUUCUAUGCCUCCCAUUCAUGUUGUCAGAAUGUUCUUUUUAUCUUACAAAUUUAAAUAUGAUUUUAUCGUUAUUCCUCUAACGUGUCACAUUUUAAAAUUGACUUUCAUGAGGUAUCCUCUCUGCAGGCUUAUUGCAUACAUAUAUACAGUAGUGGAACUUUCAUAAUCUGUGCCCCUUUAUUUUCUGCAAGACAAAACCUUGCGUGAGAUAUCACCUCAUUGCACCACUUCUUUAGUUAUUUCAUCUUUCCAUAGUGAAUGAAGUUCCGUGAUGUUUCUUUUAUUACUUGUACUAGGAUACUGUAGUUACUCUGAAAUAUAGGGAUGGUUAUUUGUCCACCAAAUUCCAUUAUACACCCGUGGGGUGGGGGGGCAGGGAGAGGGAUGAUUCCCCCCACUAAGGCAGGCUAUGAUGGUUCUACUGUAACAUAAUAUUGCACUAUUACAUUUUUAAAUUAGUUGGAACUAAACCAAUUCAAGGAAAUAGUUACCAGAAUCCUGAAGAAUGUAUUUUUCAUACUUGUUUAUUUAAUGUAAUGUAUGUGUACACUAAUAAUUCAAUGUUGUAUCUCU